AUGCCAUCGCCACUGCCUGAUGUGGCGACAUCGUCGCCUCUGUCGUCGCCAGACUCCUUCGCUACGGCGAACGCGACACCUCCCAACCUACAUGAUGUCACCGUCACCGACAUCAGCACGCCCGAGGAUGAUGGCACCCAGGUGAACUAUCGCAAGGCAAAGCAGCUGCCGCCAGUAAUUAAGCAGCACUGUCAAAUCUAUCUGGAGGAAAAUCUGCACGUCCUUGGGAUGAAAAUGCUGGAAAGAUUGCAAUCUUGCAGCGGUUCAGAGAAAUGGAACACUUACGGACAGAAUGGCGAUAACAGCAAUGGCAGCGGCAGCGUCUAUUGCCCACCUCCAAAUCAGCUGGCCUUUCUGGGCACCCUGACGAUACAUCCGGACCUGACUACGCGGCCGCGAGAGGAAAAUUGGACCGACGUGUCAUCUGCCGCGAUGGUCUACCUGCGCAGUGUCUUGCAGACAGUCGGCCCCAUCAAUGCCCGGUUUCAGGAAGCGUUCCAAUUCGGGCAGAGCACGCGGCGGUCUCCCAACGGAGACAGCUCGGAUGCCAUGUACGAUGCCGGCGGCGCACCACAGCUCCAUGGCAGGUACGGCAAGAACAGCGUCUGGCGACGGGGACAAGACUUCUUCAAUGUCGUCGGCUGGGCGUUCAACUGCAGCGUCCUAUACCCCAACCGAUGGGAGUACUGGCGCCAGUGGCUCGAGUUUAUGUGUGACGUCCUCGAGGCGGAUAUACUAGAACGGGCACGGAUUGACGAGGAAGAGCAUGACCGUGCUGGUGGCGAGGAAGGCGAGUGCUCGUAUGCAAUGCUCUCUAAUUCCAUAUUGGCAGGUUACCUCAAUCAGUGCGAGAGGAAACGUACCAAUGGCGCCAAGUCGCUCAUGGCUGUCAUCUUCGCCGACGGUCAGACCUCGUCGGCCAGGCAGUUCCAGGAAAUUUGGGACAAGGAGCACAAGGGAAUAUCACGAGACAGGAUCGUGAGAAAACGUAAAAGAAAGGUCAAUAUUGAAAAGGGUGAUUUUGGUGGGCUGCUUGACGACGACUCAGUAUACUCGUCCCAGAACUCAGAGCCACCACCUACGCCUCAAAAGCGGAGGAGCGGUUCGGAAUCUCCUGCUCUACAAACUUCCUACGUGGAGUCGAUUGCGCUACGGCAGCGGUUGUUUUACUUGCUAUCCUAUCUGUGCAACUUCCUACCCAAGCCACCGAUCUCACUUCCGGACCUCUACGAGUUUUACGAGAGGGAGAUUCGACAUCUCCCUCUAUCCAUCUUCACAGCCUUUGUCGAUUCCACCACGUCGUCGCUUCGGACGGAUAGCCAGAUUUCCAUCCUCCAGAACAUACUUUCGUUGUACAUGCCAAACACAUCUGUGAAACCUUCCAAGGUAGAUCCGGAACGGUAUGAUGUUAACGGCACCAGUCCGGCGAUCCUUGAGCGCUGUUUUCUGCCGUAUGCAGCCUACGCGCUAGCUGCUGAAGAAAACGCCAAAGUCAGCGUUUUGCUUGAAGAAAUUGUCAAGCUCGUUUGGACAGUAGGGACUGAACCAUUCAGCGACAAGCUACUGGAUCAGGUUAACAAGGGAAUCAAGGCUCGUGAGGCCCAGGUCAAGAAGAAAGUUGGUGGUACGAGAGCACGGCGCAGCGAACCAACGCGGGAGGAUCCAGAUCUACUAGAGGCCAAGACGCUGCUGCAAGAGAGCUCCAAGAGACUUUUGCAACUGGCGGAAUUGAUCAUGGACGAAGCCGACGAAGGGCAGACCGACGAGGCUGACGAAAUGGACCAUGACAUGGCGGAGGUAUCGUACAUGACGGCCCGGAGUUCUUAG